ACCUACCAACUGUUUGUGAAAUUGUUUGUUCUUGGUCUUUGUAGUAUUUGAUAGUCUGCAGUGUUGAUAGAGACAUAAAACACAAUCCUGUCCCUUUCAGAUUUUUCACACCAGUCAUGGCACUGAUUUGAUUUUGAUUUAUGAGUUUGGUGCCUUUUGGUUCUUUCUUUCUUCCUUGUUCUUGUUCGUCUUGUACUUGGAUUCCCAUCAUAGAGGUUUCAAAUUUUCAAUAGCUCCUCAUUUCCUAUCUAUCUCUCUUGCAUCAAACCUAAGAAAGAAAAUUAGUACUACUUGUUGGAGAGAUUCUUCAAUUCAAAGUUGUUUCCCAAGAAAUGCAUUAACAUCAAUCACAUUGGUCUGAAUUUCUGGAGAUCUUAGUAGUCGUUAUUGUUGCUUGGAGCACAAAGAAGAGAAGGAAAAAAAAGGGAAUCUGCUUUAACUUGCUGAAGUUUUGAUGAGCUGUGUAAUGAGCUAAUCCCAUUGUUAUGUUCCCUUUAUGCUCUUAACACUGAAAGGUUUCACCUUUUCUUGUCUCUGAGAACCAUUGUGUAGUUUGGAGGAAAAAAAAAAGGUAAUAACAAUAACAAGCUUGGUGGCUUAACUGAGUUAUAAGAUUAUAUUCCCUUUCACUUUUAUUCUUUAACUUUAACUUCCUCUCUCAGUCCUAUAAAGCUGCCAAGCUAUUUGUUCCUUGUUUAGUCCUGCAAGAUAUCUCUCUAUAUCCAACUUAGUCAAAAUUCUCUUUCCCCUUUAAUCAUUUCCAAUUGUUUACUUCCUCCUUCUGCGAAAUCAUAUAUAGAUAUCAUCAUCAUAUGAUCAAAUUGGUUGAUAUUUAUAUAUAACUGAGAUGGGGGGUCAUGAGAAUGCAAUGGGGUUUCAUCAUGGAAAUGAGAGCAUUCUGACAAAUAAUGUUAAUGUCUCAGAAAUGGAUAUGAGUUCUUCUAUGUCAUUGGCUAAGUCUUCUUCUUCAGAUGUUGUUGUACCUAAUAGUAACCCUUUUCUUGCUUCUUCUUCUUCUUGGGAUCCAAUUGUUUCCUUAAGCCAAUCUCAAACUUUUGGAGGGUCAUCAAUGGUUACUACUCACAAUAGUGAUUUUGGAAAUUCCUCAUCUUACCCUUUUGUUCAAUAUAUGUCUGACUCAACCAAUCUUGAGGGCAUUAUGGUCCACAAAAUUCCAUCUUUUGGUAGUGGAAACUUCUCAGAAAUUGUUGGAUCCUUUUGUCAAGAAGGGUCUUCUGAUAUACCUAACAUGGGGUUUAGACCAAGUUAUAAUCAUGGCAAUGAUGCUGGAACCGAAAGAGCUACAAUGAAUGAACAAUCUCAGGUUGAGGACUCAAUUACUGAAGAUGGUGCACCAGGAACUGCACCUAGUGGAAAUCGAAGAAAGCGCAUGCUUGAUCAUGAUUCUUCUUUCAGUCCAAACAAGAAUGCUGGUGGCGAUGAACUGAAAGACUCUCCAAGGACGAUAUCUGAUGGUGCUAAAGAACACGAAAAGAAGGCGAAAGUCGAGCAGAAUGUGAGUGCUGAUUUGCGAGGCAAGCAACCAGCAAAGCAAUCAAAAGAAAAUUCUCCAAGUGGAGAAGCUCCUAAAGAAAAUUUCAUCCAUGUGAGAGCAAGAAGGGGUCAAGCUACAAACAGUCACAGCCUUGCAGAAAGGGUGAGAAGAGAAAAGAUUAGUGAGAGAAUGAGAUUGCUCCAAGAACUUGUUCCAGGGUGCAACAAGAUAACUGGCAAAGCAGUAAUGCUGGAUGAGAUUAUAAACUAUGUGCAGUCACUGCAGCAACAAGUUGAGUUUUUGUCCAUGAAACUUGCCACAGUGAACCCGGAACUGAAUUUUGACGUAGAACGGAUCCUGUCGAAGGAAAUUCUUCAAUCGCGCUUAGGACAUGGAAUUGUUGGAUAUGGUGUUGGUAUGAGCUCCCCUCACCCAUUCUCCAAUGGAAGUUUUCAAGGAAACAUGGCUGGCAUGCCUAGUACAUCAACACAAUUCCCUCCUUUGCCUCAGGGUGUUUUGGAUCAUGAGUUCCAAAGUCUUUAUGGAAUGGGGUAUGAUCCUAAUACAGCACUUGACAAUUUGGGACCAAAUGUGUCAUGUUUAUCAGGAAGAUUGAAAACAGAAUUAUAGUGUGUGGAACAAUUAGGCCAUGACUCUUCGACACAUCGGAAUCUUCCGUUCGACUGCACAACUAUUUAACUGAAGUUCAAAGGAAGGGAAAAAAAAUGGGGGGGGGGGGGGAGAAAAAAUAAAGUUCUUUUAGUUGUAUAGGAUCCUUUUUUUUAAUACCUAACUAUUGGCUCUUCGAAUUUUUAGAAGAAGAUGACUUGUUAGAUUUUGUGUUGUUUGGAAGGAAGGAAAAAGAAAUGAUAGUUACACAUAUAUUGUGUAAUUUAAGAACAAGUUGAAGUGGUGUUAGUCUAAUGAUGACUUGGAGGGCAAGUAAUUUGAGGAGCAUAUAUUGGAGUAGUAGUAAAAAGUGUGUGCAACUAAUAACUAUAAUUAUUACUCUUAUGAAAUGUUAUUGUAUAGAGUUGCAAGGCUUUGGAAAUUUUUGGAGCUCAAUAUUUGCUUCAAUUUGUGUUGGAGAUGUUAGAUAUAAUGUGUACUCUUGUUUUUUUGUAAUGGUUU